AUGCAGUCGAAGAAUGGCAACGUCCUCAACAACAAGGAAAGCGUGUUAACCAGGCAUUCUAGAACCUUUUCGCAUAGUCUAGUCAAGUACUCUACUUUGGGUGAUGACCUGAAUUUAGAGGACAGAAAUCCAUGUAAGCCUUGCAGUAGCCCAUCUCAAAGAGAGAUAAGGGAAUGUGCAAAACGUCAUUACUGGGUUACAUCGUCAGAUGGAGAACUGGACCGCAAGAAGCACGCAACUGAAGAGCGCAAGCUCCAUAACCAGCCAUCAACUAUAACAGCCCAACUUGUGAGUGAAGGCGAAUCCCUUCAUAGCACUUCGUCGCUAUCCAAAACUCUUACGAAAUUCACAGAGAGAAUUCAGAAUAAUACUCUAGAAGAAAAGGUCUCCUCAGCACCAACCGAAACCUGGACAUUGAUGAAACUCAUGAUCACACUCUUGAAGCGCAAUCAAACAGCAAGAAAUCGAGAAGCAUAUGCCCAAAAGAUCGGAAAAUUCGCAGCGCCCGAAAGAAUCGGCGCUAACGUUCAUGACCAACCGUUGACAAAUCUGCAAACAUUCAACUAUCUGCUUCAUUCGCUUCAAGGAGAAGCCAGGGACGUAAACAAACGUUAUGCUGUUAAUGACGACAAUUACGAAGACGCCAUAAGUCCUUCACAGACCACGCACGGAGACAGCUCCAAAUUGAUACCUUACAGCGAAUAUAAUGCGCAAAAGCAGAAAGUCCCGGUAUUCACUCCCAGAGGCGCCUUUUGGAAUAUCAUCCCUACAAUAUCACAACUGGAGAAGGAACAGACGGCAGAAGCUGCAACGACGAACACCGUUCAGGAGCACACAUUCAGUCCUUCUCCUCCAAUGACUAGAGACGAAAUACAGCAACAACUAGACAACCUAGAGAAUUCAAACUAA